CGGCUCUCUUACGUUCUCUCCCCUGCUUGCUUAUUCCUGUGCUUCCCUCCUGCAAGUCCGAGAGGUCAAUUCUAUCUCUUCUCCCCCCCUGUCUUCCUCGUAUAAUCAUGCGGAUGACUGCUCAAGCGCCACAAUCCCAAUCCCAGUGAUACGACAUCUUGCAUCCAAUCCCUGACACCGACCAACCAAACCACUUCGUGCUCUGUGGAACCCAUUUCCGAUCAGCAUGGCCCGCCGCGAUAGUAUACGCGGGAUCGCCGAUGAGCACCGCUAUAGAUCCAGCUCGCCCCGAGCUCGUAGGGCAAUUGCCCGCGACAUAGAAGACUAUGCCGAUGACGAAGGCUCCAUGCUCACCACCGAUGACGAAGCCUCCGAGACCUCUACCAUCCGCGCCAUUAAUAGCCAGCCUGGCACGAGACCCCAUUCCCUGGCUGGGUCGUACCAGCGCCCGAGCUUCUUCACCACCGUCUCCCAUGCUACGGUUGUUCCGCAUCGUCCCGACCAUGAUGGAUUAACGCGGAGGGAGCGCGAACGGGCCAUUGAGGAUGAACGGAACCUCCUCACGGAUAAUAACUUUAUUGAGUCGAGUCCUCACAAGGGACGGCGCAUGAGGUUGGGGUCUGCAACGGGGCCGGAGACGGCGUCGUUGCUGGGGGGUGAACAGCGCGGGUCGCAGUAUGAUGGAGUGGAUUCUGAGGAAAUUGAUCGCAAGUGGGAGGAGGCUGUCACGGCCGGUCUGAUCCAGACGACGUGGAAGCGUGAAGCCCAGGUGAUUGGUAAGAAUGCGGCGCCGCUGGUGGUAACGUUUCUGCUGCAGUAUUCUUUGACCGUGGCGAGUAUCUUUACCCUGGGACAUCUGGGGAAGAAGGAGUUGGGUGCGGUUAGUCUGGCGAGUAUGAGUGCGAGCAUCACUGGUUAUGCAGUCUACCAGGGUCUCGCGACUAGCUUGGAUACAUUGUGUGCGCAGGCUUACGGCUCCGGACGGAAGAAGCUGGUGGGUCUACAGAUGCAGAAGAUGGUUUUCUUUCUCUGGGUCAUCUCGAUUCCAAUUAUCCUGCUGUGGUUCUUCGCCGACCGGAUCCUCAUCCGGAUCGUGCCGGAAGAGGAGGUCGCCAUUCUGGCCGGUUUAUACCUGAAGGUGGUUGCGCUGGGUGCGCCGGGAUACGCUUGCUUCGAGAGUGGCAAGCGCUUCGUGCAGGCGCAGGGGCUCUUCUCAGCGUCCCUCUAUGUGCUUCUGAUCUGCGCUCCUCUGAAUGCAUUUAUGAAUUACAUGUUCGUGUGGCAGUUCGGCUGGGGCUUCAUCGGGGCUCCCAUCGCCGUGGCCAUCACGGACAACCUGAUGCCUCUCUUCCUCUUCCUGUACGUGUACUUUGUGGACGGAUCCGAGUGCUGGAACGGCGUCACGACUCGCGCCCUGCGCAACUGGGGACCCAUGAUCAAGCUUGCCCUCCCAGGUCUGCUCAUGGUUGAGGCGGAGUGUCUCGCCUUCGAAGUGUUGACGCUCGCAUCAUCAUAUCUCGGCACAACGCCCUUGGCCGCUCAGUCAAUCCUGUCCACGAUCUCGAGCAUCACCUUCCAGAUCCCAUUCCCCGUCUCGAUCUCGGGUAGUACCCGUGUGGCCAACCUGAUCGGAGCAACUUUGGUCGAUGCCGCCAAGACAUCAGCCAAGGUGUCGAUGGUCGGCGCAGUCAUUGUGGGUCUGCUCAACAUGCUGUUCCUAUCCUCUCUACGCUACUACAUCCCCUACCUAUUCACCUCCGACGAAGAAGUCAUCGAGCUGGUGGCACAAGUACUCCCACUGUGCGCCGCGUUCCAGCUCUUCGACGCUUUGGCCGCCAACUGCAACGGAAUCCUCCGUGGUAUUGGACGGCAAGAAAUCGGCGGCUACGUGCAGCUGUUCUGCUACUAUGCGAUCGCGAUGCCGAUCAGUUUCGGAACAACAUUCGGGCUGCACUGGGGACUGUUUGGACUGUGGUCGGGUGUUGCGCUGGCUCUGCUGUUGGUUUCGAUAAUUGAGGCGUUCUUCCUGACGCGGACAAAUUGGAAUCGAUCCGUGGAGGAAGCUCUUCGCCGGAACGCGCUGGUUUAAUUCAUUUGUGCCUUGCUUUUUCUAACCUUAUGUGUGAUGAUGUAUACUGUCAAAAGCAUGCGUUAGUAUUUGUAUAGAUGACUGUACUGGAUUUACUUUCUACUUCUUUUUUCCCCCUAUCAGAGUCUAUAAUAGACAGACGUGAAUUGAACUCAAUGAAAUGCGAU